AUGGAUGUUUUAACUCACUUAAACAAAUGGAUUGGGUACGUUAAUACGAAGACGGACCACAAGUGGAGCGAUAACGACUACGUUUUCCCAGCAUUGUCCAAAAUUGCGAAGAGUGCUAUCAAGACUGAUGACCCUCAUACAGGGUGCGUGAACGCACGUGUGGAAUGGGGCAACAAAAUGUCUGAGCAGUAA